AUGCGCCGAGAUGCACAGUUCUCUGUUGUCUGUUUGGGGACGGGCAAAGGGGCCUCCACGGUCUACGACGGGACUUGCAGCCCCGGCUACGUCCUCUGCGUGAACGGCCGUCCACUUAUCCUCUUUGGCGCCGGCUACGGUGUGACGCGGCAGUGCCUUCGCUACUUUGGCGUCGUCCCCUCCAAUAUCUUUGUCUUUUCGAACCGCUCGCACAUGUCUGCGGAGCUGCCAGUCAUCAUUGCGGUGGAGAGUCGCAGUGGGAGACGUCUGCGCAUUAUUGCCAGCGAGGCAGUGAUGGUUCGCCUUAGAGAGCACCGAUUGGCGGAGGUCCGUUCGCGGUUGGAGGACGUUAGGGCAGCCGAUGAUGGUGGUGGUGGAGUCUGUGACUUUGUCGCCAUGCCUUGCUGCGGUGCUAUGGCUGGCGCAAAUUUGCUGCCAUACUGCUUGCCGGAGGUGGAGACCGUGUCGCUCGUUGUGUUUGAUGCAUCUGCCACCGAGGCCUCAUGCGGGGUUGCCGUCUCGCAGAACGGUGUCCCUCUGGUGGCAUUAACGGGGGAUUGCGCCUACAAUCCGGAGUUGCACCACUCCAUACUUCGCAUGGCCCCUGUGGUGAUUCUGGACGGCAGGCACAAGGCCUCGCGGGACCAUGCUGGCUUUGCAAACAUUUUACACGCCGUGGCGAACUGCGGAGUGCCGCCCCAGCGCGUGUUUAUCGGACAGUACGGGCAACCGUGGGAGGCACCGCUGGUGGUGAAGGGCGGUGUUGUGUUCCCGAUUGUGGAGGGCGCCGUCGUGGCGUUGGGGGAGGAACCCCCCCGCGCCCACGUCUUGGCGGCAUCCACGGUGACGGAAGGGGUGCAACGUGCGGAGAGGUGGGACGUUGAUGACGAAAAGGAGGGUGAGCUGGUGCGGCCCGCCGCGUUGGUUCCUUCCCGCCGUGUCGACGCGCAGACUCACUCUGAGGUUCGUCCCAAAAAAGUGUUUCUUGUCAACAACGAGUCGCCUGACGCCUCUCCGGCUCUGAUGAUGGUGCAGCAACUCCGCACCAUGGCACAAGUCAAGCAGCGGGUGUCCGAACUCCUUCACUUGCGGCCCGUGGGGGCUCUCUUCUCUGCGGAGACGGGGCACCGGUUGACAUCCCUUUCUCACUUAUUGCAUGGCAUGAGGGUGGUAGCCACAAAGGUUGGUGGGAGGCCGUUUGGAGAUCCCCCGGCAUCCCGCUUAAGCGAGAUGAAACAGUCCCUUACUGUGCCUUGGAAGCCGUUAGAAAGAAAUAGCUCUCUCUCUCUUGAACUACGCGACUACAUGCAACGAGCCUACCAGUCUCUUCGGGGGCGUGUGGGGUGCGAAGCACUCGCUGCUGUGAAUACCACGACUCGUGGCGAUGACGAGGGCGCUGCCGUGGUGCCUGGCUCAAGAGAGUCAUGCCCCCGCAUUCAUUCCGCGUCUGGGGUGACUGCGGAGUUGUCCCCCGAAACCCCCUAUUCUGGAGAGCAUGUGAGCGCUGUUCAGCGCGACACGUCAGGCAGGGGCGGAGCUGUGUGCUCUCUGCGAUUCACGACGUUGGGGGCGUAG